UGGAUCGCGACUUGGUGGUUUCGUCUCGUCGGGUUCGCAUCGACAUACGUAACACACAUACACACACACAUACGCGCGCGCGCGCGCGUCACGUUCCACACACACACACACACGCGCGCGCCUUCUCCUCCCCACGCUCUCUCGGCCGUGCGCGACGAACGGUGUUCACGAACGUGCGCCUCGCGUUCUCUUCACGGUCGGUUUCGGUUCGGGACGUCGAAGGCGUGUUCGUUGACGACUGUGUGCAUCCUCGUUACAUCAGGGCUACUUCCUCGUCGUUGCGCGGCCUACCCGAGCGCGAGACACGAGAACGUGACUCUUCGUCAGCGCUUUCUCGCUCGCCCUCGCUCUCCCGCUCUGCGUCACGCGCUCGCGAUCGCCGAUCCCGAAAUUUCCACGUCGAGCCUGCGAGGACUCGUACACGCCGACCAUGAUCGAUCUAACAGUGAAGACCUUGGAUUCGCAGAAUCACGUCUUCUCCUUGGAGGACGACCAAAUCACAGUCCGCGGCUUUAAAGAGUACAUAGCAGAAUCUGUAGCGGUACCAGCCGAUUCGCAGAGAUUGAUUUAUUGCGGACGAGUGCUUCAAGAUGAAAAGAAAUUAAAUGAUUAUGAUGUCAACGGGAAGGUGCUGCAUCUGGUGCAACGCGCACCGCCACAGCAUGGCCAACGGGGAAACGACAGCGGGCAGCAGGCGCAAGGGCAGAACAACAGGCAGCAGCAGCAGCAGCAGCAGCGAUCUCAUUAUCGUCUCACGCGCGCCCAGAUGCACGGAAAUGCCAUGUACCUGGGUGCCAUGUCAGUGCCUGCCGAGUUUGUGGAGGGUCAUGGAAUCCCACAGUUGAGUAACAGUUUAUCAGGUAGUCGCCUGACUCAUGCUGGCCGUAUGCUCGAUCGUAUAAACGAGCUGAUCGACAGACUUGACGAUCCAAAUGCUCCACUGCAUCCCACACCGUCCGAAAUGUCGGACUAUGCGCAGGCUCCAGUGCAACAGCAUCAGCAGCUGAUCGCACAGGAGGCCGACGUGGAGCCGGACGAGAAUGCCGACGUCGCACGAGCCGACGGUAGCGCCAGAAUUGCUGAGGCAGCCGCAGCUGCUAUCACGGCCGCUUUAUCUGCUGCUGGUGCACGCGCUGUUACGCUGUUCCGAGGUGGCAAUUACAAUGGUGCAGAAGGAAGAACUGCAACCAGCGAUGUGACUGAUAAUCAAAGUGACUCGCAGGCACAGUCGCAGCAACAGCAGCAGCAGCAGCAGCAACAACAGCAACAACAACAACCACCACCACCACCACCACCUCCACCACCACCAUCACAACCACAACAAGCGCAAGCAACGAUGGAGCAGUCGGGAGCUACGUCGAGCAACGCUGGACAAAAUAGACGAGCUCAACAGCAAGACCUUCCACGACCGCCGCAAAUGGGUGACCUAUUGCACAGACUAUACAGUACUCAAGAUCGUCUAAGACCAUACUUGGAGCGUUACUGCGUGCUCACGACGAUCGAUCCCUCGUUACCACCCGGGUCGGGACCGAACACCGUAGAGGAGAGUCAGCGUAUAGUGGACGGAGUCAGCGAGAUCUUACACUACAUGUCGCACACUUGCCACGCGCUCAGCGAUAUUAUCAUCGACAUGAGCCAACCGCCACCGAGGAACCUGCGUUGCAGACCUAUAAUAGUGCAGCACUCUGCCAUCUUACAACCUGGUAUACCGAUCCAAGUCGAGGCUCAUAUCAGUCUGAACGGUCGUGGCGUUAACAACAACAACAGUAACGACGAGACGGCCGAAGCCGGCAAUCAGCAGGCGCAGUCAGACAACAACUCAGAAUCAUCUAAUGCAUCGCGUGUCCACACCGAGGAGAGUGGCCAGGAACGAGAGUCAGACGGCACGACGCAGUCGCAAACGGAACGGCCGCAACAGGAGCAAGGCCAAUCUCCCUUCGUGUUCAAUUUACCAAACAACGUGGAGGUACUGAUGGAAGUCAGUUCUGAGAGCAAUAUAGACGACGGAGCGAACAAUGAACAGAAUACCGCGGGCGAGAGCAACAAUGGCGGCAACACUCGCAGAACAGGCGUGUUUCCGUUCGGUCCGGCUCCGCCGCCGUAUUUCAUGCGGAAUUUCAUGCAGGCCGUCGCCGGACACAUGGUGCAUGGUGGUUUCGGUGCCACGACGAUAAGUACGUCGCGGAGUCCACCCACCACUACUUUGUCUCAAAGUGCUCCUGCAUCGAUGGACAGCGGAAAUGCGAAUUCCGGCCAAAGCACUCAAGCACGGAGCAACGUCGGUACUCAUCCUACCACCGCGACGCAAACUCGAAGUACAUCGCGGCCUCAUGUGUUUCAUCACCAUGCACAUCCCGUCGGCCUUGGCAUGAGUAUUGGUCUCGGACUUGAUUUUGAUCCAUAUCUACCGUGCAACUCUCACCACGUGUAUCGUACACCGACCAGCACACCGAGCACUAACUCAAACGGCGGCGUGACGACCUCUCAAACGACGCGCACAACAACAGUAACAACGACCACAACAGUGACUGCGGACACUCCACCGAGUCAAGUACAAACUGCAACAACUUCGACUUCGACCAGCGCCAGCACCACAUCCACGACCGGGACGUCGACAACGAAUGCGGGCUUGGGCAACAACCUUUUGGGGAUCCUGUUGCAGCAGAUGCUGGGGUCUGGUAACCGAUUGCAGUCGAACAUCAGCAUCAACAGCAACGUUCCGGAGGGAUUGGAGAACAUAAUGCAGAUGCUCGGAAGUCGUAAUAUACAUGUGGGAUACGUGAACGACAGAAACUCGAUCGGUGAAUUCACCUUGGCGGACGUGUUCGAGAGCGGUGGCCUGAACAUGCAAGUUUCCACAUCGCCGACGACCAGCAGAGAAGAGAACUUGCUCUUUGAUCUCUUUGUAUUGGGGGCCCGAAACCUGACCCUGGACGGGAUAGUAAGACUGAGCUUCGGUGAGUGGGAGCCCAUCUCUCGUCUGCGUAGACCGAUGCGGGAUUUCCUGUGGCACGUGUACCCGAACGCUACGUCGCGGAACGCUCUUCAGGAGCAAGUGACUGAAAGCUUGCUCCCCCAGCUGCGACCGUAUCUCCGAGAACUCCUGGCGUCCGAGGAAGAGGCCAGCGGCAGAAGCGACCCUCGCGUUGACAUCUGCGCGACCAUCGAGGCGUUGAUUGCUCGCUACAUCAAAGAUAUACUUAGAAUCUUAUUCGACAUCACUUACGAUGACGGGUGGUUCGCACAGGACACGUUGGACAUAAUGAAAAAUCUGGGCAAGCAGUUAUGCGCAGUGCUCCGGUAUUCCAUACAAGGCGGCCAAGCCGGAUUGGAGGCGAUUGUGUCUCGUUUCCUGAGUGAUAGGUUGGAUGAAUCGCCGCCCGCGCUUCGUCAAUGGCUACUGGACGGAUUUAUGGAACACUUCCGUGCCUAUUCUCUGCGCGUGCCGCAACCUUCGGAUUCGGAGAUCGUCUCACUUUUGGUAUACAAAGACUCCUCGUCUCAGCAGUCGUCGGUGCAGUCCUCUACUUCGGCUCGUCAGCCUACUCAGACGCCACCCGAAGACGAGCCGAUGGAAACGGAGACUCUGGAGCAACGACCGACGCGCGAGAGUUCGACCGUAGCAGAGGACAGAGAGGAGAUCCCGGAAACGUUCGCUGGACACGAAUCCUUACCCUCGGAUUGGGUGCCGAUUAUCGCUCGCGACGGUGUGAGGCAACGUCGUCAGUUGCAGAUGCAGGGCGUGACAAACAGCGGUGUGACUACGUUCAGCGACGCGUAUCUCGGUGGAUUACCAACCAAGCGGCGCAAGCUCAUCGAGCAGCAGAAACCGCGCCUGCUAGUCAGCCCGACACCGAGUCACUCGACGAUAGCGGCGUCCAUGGAGCGACUGGUGCGGGAGGGAGUCGGGCGCGCCGGCGUCGAGGAGGUCGAAGGUGCCGCCGUGGCUGUCGCGGCGGAUCCCGCUGUGAGACGCGCGUUCGGUCAAGCUAUCAGGGACUGCUUGAAUCCGUGCAGAUACGGCACCGCGGACUUCCCGGACCCGCUGCGCUUCCCGAACGCGACCAAGUAUUUCGCGGAUCAAGAACGCCCGCCGAAAUAAUAUAACACGUUCAGCAGCGAGGUAUAUGACACGGUUUAAUCUAGAGAUACAAUAACAAUAAAGAGAAAGUGGAGUAGAAGAAGAAGGGGGGUACAUUAGGCUAAUUCAAUAACAAACAGACGACGGUUGUAGUCGCGUGAGCAUCGACGCGCUAAUUCUCGUGGAGGGGAAAGCUACUCGAUUUCCUUCAAUAUUAUAACAACGCCCAGGAAAGAUACUUUCCCGAAGCCGAAGAAUUAACAGAAUAAUCUCCGACGAGUAUGUAUGUGUGUGUGUGUGUGUAUGUAUGUGUGUAUGUAUGUAUGUAUGUAUGUAUGUAUGUGCGCGUGCUGCUGUGUGUCGCGCGGCUAUGUGCGUGAAACGUAUGAUCGGCACUGCGCGACACGCACCUACGUAUUUUCCAUAUCCCUCCUCGAUAUCAAUGUCCGCUUCGAUAGAAAAAGAAAAAAAAAA